AUGGCGCACGUGCUGGACGGCAAGACGGCCGUGGGCGCGUGGGAGGGCGCGAACAUCUUGUCCAUUGCACAGUUCGGCAAGGAGAGCGCCCAACGCGUGCUGAGCGUGGCCGAUGAGAUGAAGCAGAUGGUCAAGACGCAAGGCGCAAGUGACCUGCUCAGGGGCAAGCUGCUCGCCAACGUGUUCAUGGAGCCGUCUACACGCACGAGCAGCUCGUUCCAAGCUGCGAUGAAGCGUCUUGGUGGCCUUGUUGUGUGUGUCAAUGAGAGCUCGUCCAGCAGUAAGAAAGGAGAGACACUCGAUGAUACCGUUCGGUGCCUCGAGUGUUAUGCCGACGUGAUCGUACUUCGCCAUCCAGUCAAGGGCAGUGCUUUAAUUGCUGCUGAAGCCACGAAGAAGCCUGUGCUGAAUGCUGGCGACGGCGUCGGUGAACAUCCGACUCAGGCUAUGCUGGAUUUAUACACCAUCUACAGCGAGUUCGGCGACUUGGAGAAUUUGAAAGGCAAAGUUGUCACUAUGGUCGGUGACCUCAAGUACGGCCGCACGGUGCACUCAUUGUCGAAGCUGCUGGCAAUGUACGGUACGACGUUCAAUUACGUGUCGCCUGAGAGCUUGAAGAUGCCGCGCGAUGUGUAUGAUGAGCUGAACGCACGAGGUAUUGAGCAGGUCGAGCUGAGUGACCUAGACGCAGUCAUUAGCGAGACCGACGUGCUCUAUGUGACGCGUGUACAAAAGGAACGCUUCGAGUCCGAGGCCGACUACAACGCGGUGAAAGACAGCUUUUGCAUUACGUUGGACACUAUAAAGGACGCAAAGACAACAAUGGUCAUCAUGCAUCCACUGCCGCGUGUCGGAGAAAUUGCCAAAGAGGUUGACAACGAUCCGCGUGCUGCCUACUUUCGCCAGAUGGAGAACGGUAUGUAUGUGCGCAUGGCCCUGCUUGCUCUCGUCCUGGGCAAGGCAUAG